AUGGCCAAGAUAUCCAUAGAUAACUCUGCUGAUGGGUUAAUACACAUGAAGAAGACAACUGAAGAAGCUGAUGAACUCAUUGAGACAGUCGCCAACAAUCAAUAUUUAAACUUAUCUAGUGAAACCUCAAUGAAAGGGAAAGUCAAGGCUGACAUAUUGAGUAACAAACGGAAUUGGAAAGAGGCAGAAACAUUUGUGCUCACCAAGGAGUGCAAUGCAGUAAUUCAAAGGAAUCUAUCAGAAAAACUGCAAAACUCGGGGAGUUCCAUAAUCCCUUGUACCAUUGGAAACACUUGUAUAAAGAAGGCCUUAUACGAUUUUGGAGCAAGCAUCAACUUGAUGCCAUUGUCAUUAAUGAGGAAACUCCAAUUUCAAGAAAUUAAGCCCACCCGUAUUUGCCUCCAACUUGCUAACCGCUUAGUCAAGUUUCCAAUGGGAGUGGUGGAAUACAAGCUUGUGAAAGUAGGACCAUUUACGUUUCCUGUGGAUUUCGUGAUACUAGAUAUAGAGGAGGACAAGAAUACAUCUAUCAUUCUAGGAAAACCCUUUCUAGUCACAGGACGAACCAUCACUGACGUCCAAAAGGGGGAAGUGACACUGAGAGUCAAUGAUGAGGAGGUUCUACUGAAUGUAGUCGAGGCCAUGCAACACCCAGAUCCCCCAGAGGAAUGCAUGAGGAUAGAUGCCAUAGAGCCCCUAGUUAAAGAAGUGUUUGAGGCUGAAACACCCGAAGAGGAACUUGACAUGAUUCUUGUGAACAUUCUGCCUGAACUGGAUGAGCCAGAACUUUAG